AUGGUUUUAUCUUUUACUGUGAAGAACAAGCUAGGUUUUGUGGAUGGAUCCAUUGUUGAACCCCCUGAGGAUGAUCCUGUUCUUCAUAACGCCUGGGUUCGCAAUAAUGGUAUGGUUAUGUCAUGGAUUUUAAAUGCUAUUUCUAAGGACAUUCAAGCUAGUGUGAUGUAUUGUAAAAAUGCUCGUGAAAUUUGGAAUGAUUUGAAUGUGCGGUUUUCUCAAACCAAUGGCCCCAGAAUUUUUCAAUUACGACGUGAAUUGGCCAAUCUCCGGCAAGAACACUUCUCUGUCAAUGUUUAUUUUACGAAGAUGAAGGCAAUUUGGGAUGAAUUGGUAAAUUUUCGCCCGAAUUGUACUUGUGGUUUGUUGGUUGAUUACUAUAAUCAAGAGCAUGUUAUGGCUUUUCUUAUGGGGCUAAAUGAGUCAUUCUCUCAGACUCGAGGUUAG